AUGCAGUUUUUUCAAGAAGAGAUUCAUUACUUAGGUCAUAUAAUAUGUGCUAAAGGUCUUAAGAAAGAUAAGUCUAAGAUGGAGGCGAUUAGGUUAGCCCCUAGACCACAAAAUGUGCAUGAAGUAAGAGCUUUCGCAGGCAUGGUAAAUUACUAUGGUAAAUUUAUUAAAAACUUAUCAGGUUUAAUGGAACCCAUUUAUCAAUUAUUAAAAAAAGGACAACAGUUUAUUUGGUCUGAUAAAUGUGAGAAGGUUUUUUGUAAAGCGAAAGAGUUAAUGUGUUCGGAUGACAUUUUGGUGCAUUAUGACCCUUCUUUGGAACUAGUAUUGAGUUGUGAUGCUUCUCAAAAAGGCAUAGGUGCAGUGUUAUCUUGUAUUUUACCUGGUGGCAUAGAAAAACCUGUUACAUACAUAUCAAGAGUUUUAAAUGAAACGGAACAAAAGUACUCAGUUAUUAUCAAGGAGGCGUUGGCAAUUUUUUGGGCGGUUCGAAAACUAAAUCAGUAUUUGCUAGGAAAAAAAUUUAUUUUGAGGACAGAUCAUAAGCCAUUGUUGGCAAUAUUUGGAGAAAAGAAAGGUAUACCAGUUAUGGCAGCGGGCAAGUUACAACGUUGGGCUAUGUUUUUAGCUGGUUUUGAUUAUAAUAUUGUUUAUAUUAAGGGAAGCGAAAAUGGUGCGGCUGACGGAUUGUCUAGACUUCCUUUAAAAGUGAAAGAGGAGGACUUAGGUGAAGAUUAUUUGAAAUUUGUCGAAAGGUCCUGUCCUAUUGAUGCUUGCAUGAUUAGAGUUGAAACAAAAAAAGAUAGGAUUCUAAGUGCAGUUUUAUCAGUUAUUAAUGGCGAUUCGGUGUUAGAAGAAAUCUCAGCAGAAAUGAAAACCUUUAUUAAUAAAAAAGAUGAGUUGUACGUUGAAGAAGGAAUUAUUAUGUGGGGUUAUAGAGUUGUCAUACCAAAAGUUUUACAGGAAGGAUUACUUAAUGAGUUACAUGGUGCACACAUGGGUGCAGCUAAAAUGAAGAAUCUGGCUAGAACUUAUUUUUGGUGGCCAAAUUUAGAUAAAGAUAUUGAAAAGUUUGUUAGUAGUUGUAUUUUAUGUGUUGAGGCAAGACCAAACCCACCAUUAGCCAAGUUAAUUAAGUGGCCAGAUAGUGUUGGUGUCUUCGACAGAGUACACAUUGAUUUUUUGGGUCCAGUCUCUGGAAAAAUGUUUUUUAUUUUAACUGAUGCUUUUUCUAAGUGGCCUGAAAUUUAUGAAAUGCCUAGGACAGAUGCAAAAUUCAUGAUAGACAAACUCAAAGAUAUUUUUGCAAGGUAUGGUUUGCCAAAUAAGAUUGUGUCUGAUAAUGGUCCACAGUUUGUUUCGGCAGAAUAUAGAGAAUUUUGUCAUCGUAAUGGUAUUAGAGUGAUAACUUCACCACCGUUUCAUCCAUCUACAAACGGGGCAGCCGAGAAUGCUGUUAAAACUUUCAAAGCUUGUUUGUUGAAGUUUAUUAAGGACAGUAGUAAAGGCAUGUCAGUUAGUUCUGUGAUUAGUAGGUAUUUAUUUAACUAUAGGAACACACCGCAUUGGGUGACUGGAGAAUGCCCUUCAAUGUUAAUGUUUGGCAGAAAAGUGCGUACUAGAUUGGAUUUAUUAAGGGAGUUCGGAGGUAGAAAGGAUGAUCAGUUUAAAAAUUUCAAAGGAAAAAGAGAAGUAGAAUUCGAGGAAGGUGAAAUGUGUUUUGCCAGGGAUUACAAAAAUCCUAAUAAGAGAUCUUGGAAAAAGGGAGUAGUUGAAGAGGUUCUUGGAAAAAGAAUUUAUUUAGUUAGGAUACUAGAGAGUAAUGUGGUAUGGAAAAGACACUUAGAUCAAAUGAUCAAGUCUGGUGACUUCUAUAGGAACCCAAGUGAGAACAUAGAUUAUGAAAAUGAACUAAAUAGUGAUGUGGGUAAACAAUUAGAUGAUGAAUUAGAGAAGGAAAUAGUAAAAGAAAAGUUGGACUUAGUACUAGGUGAAGCUUCAGUUGAGACUCCUAAGAGUGUUGAAAUUGGUAGAUGUGAGAGGCGACCUGGACUAAGGGGAAAUAUAAAAAAAAUAAUUAAGUUAGAUCUAUAA